AACUUUUUCUGCCAGAUUCUUUAAAUUGGCAAAGCCACCAUAACGUCCUCGGAGCACCCAUCCCAGACAUAAACCGCAGCUUAUGCCAAAAAAUAUUCCUACGCCAGCAUCUGCUUCUAACAUCGUUGAAUGAUAAUAAAAUAAGUAUUUAAUAUUAUAAAAACUACAAAACUGUUAUUUUCCACAACUUGUAUUGUAAAUGGUCAUCAUGGUGAAUAAAUUAGGCUAUUUUUAGAAAUUAUCUCCCAUGUAAUACGCUUGGGUUUGCUGUGCCAAUUGUCCAAAGUGAAUACGACAUUACUCAUACACAGCGGAAGACCGUCAAAAAUUAAGCGCACAAGCGCUGAAGCAUAUUUUUAAGGGAUAGACCGCUAACGGUUGCCAUAGCGUGUUCAGAAAUUCUCAAGCCGCCAUUUUUAAAUCGCAAAGUUGCAAAAAAAAUUUGUAUUAUUUGAGUUGUUUGUUAAAGCUAAAUUAAAGUAUUUCUUUUUGAAAUAUUAAUGGCAUUGUUACUAGAGCAAGUAAAAAAGCUGUAUGACGCUGGUUUGCUGUCAAAUAUCCGAAUUACUGUAGGUUUUGUCAAGUAUUUUAACAGUCAAUGUGUAUAUAGAAAAGUAUAAUAUUUUGGUUAUUUUUAUAUAUAUGAGAAAGAUGUUUUGUUUUUUUCAGGCUGGAAUGGUUUUAUCAGCAUUGUCUCAAUGCAGAACCACUGACCCCCAAUCUAUGGCAACCCAGUGUCAAUUAUUGGUGUAUUAUGCUGACUCAAUUUACGAAAAUCAAGAAUACAAGAGAGCUGAGGUAGUACCAGAAAUUCAGAAUGAAGGUUUUUUAACCCAUUGAGCUGCAAUGCGCCCUACUUACUUUUAUUACUUGUGUAACGCCAGACGAUUUUGCUCGUCAAUGGGGAAGCUCUGCAGCUUAAUGGCUUAAUAAACAGCGGAUGUCUGCUUUUAACAGCUAAACAUAGGGAAACCUGCCAUGGGUGUGGGCCUGACUGGAAAGUUUGGAAAUUGCGUGCCAGAGAUUUCGAAAAUUUAAUAGUAAAUAUAUAGAAAGCAUCACAAUUGUGUGCCUGAGAUAUGCAUCGCGCGAUACAAACUUUCCACACUGGGGGGUGUGUGGGCAGUGCCAUUUUAGUUUGGGAAUGAGGCACAUUUUAUGACUUUUACUGAUCAUUGCUUCCAGAAAUGGGACAGCUACGGCUCAAAUUUUCAUAUCAGAAUGAUUGAAACACUGUGAUUCUCAACCAACCUCGUUCCCAGGCUCUUCCCUCAGGUUGAUUCUCAACAUGCUGGUUAGCAUUGUUGCCAAUGGCUGUAUGCCGAUGCUGACCAAACCUUUUCCCCCAAAUCGCCCAGUUUCCCCAAUAUUUAAAGUGUGUCACAUUUAAGAGGAAGUGCAUGUGAAAUAGUGCUUGCAAGAUUCCAUGAGAAGUCCCUUGAUGAACAGGCUUCACAUGAGGAUUAAAUAAUUAAUAAUAACAAUGAAAUAAUGAAUAUCAAAAAAAAUAUUUAUUGACAUGCUGCUCAGAGAUGAGCUAGUGGUUAAUCUGAAAAUGACCAUCAAAGGCUAUAGUUAAAAGCUGUGGCACAAAGGAAAAACAACUACAGUACCAGAAAAAUAUAAACAUCAAACAUUGAAGUUCCUCUGUGGGGGGGGGGGAGUGGGGGCUUUUUCUGGAAUGACCCAUUGCACUAAUUGGCUGUAAAAACAAUUUUAAGCAAUCGCACUCAUGUUCCAACUUGUCCAAGAUGUGAUAUCUAAUCUGACACACAGUCUGGUGGUUAGCAACAUAACAAAAGUUGAUUAUUCAAAGGCAUCAUUUGCCUCAGUAACAGCCCUCGAAAAUGAGGUCGGCAUUCGGCAAUGCUGACCUAUCAACCUCCCAGGUCGGCAAAUUUUUGCCAACCUUGAUUCAGCCAAAGUAAGAAUUUUUUGGCGCCAAUAGCUGUUAAAAAGUCAGCGAUUUUAGAAUUUGAUUCAUAGUUUGAUAAUUAACUGAACACACUUUGGUGUAUGGUUUAAAAAUUGACGGGUAUUGUAUAUAUAUAUAAUUUAGUUGUUUGAAGAUCAAAUUUUGUGUGUCAAUAAAAUUUGGCUUUUGAAUUUUCCGGCUGGAGGUAAUGUUCGAGUUAUAUUUCAAUGAUUUGUAAAUGCAUGAUUACUGGUGCUCCCAAGACGUGGAACAGAUUUUAGAAAAUGCCGAGACGUGCCGACCUAGGUCAGAUUUAGGUCGGCGUUUGUUUUUUUUUCGCUCAAUUUUGACGGUUUUCGAGGGUGCAGUAAUCAGAAUUUUUUGUGAUUGGCUAAUCUUUAAUACUCCUUUGUCAUUGUUUAGAAAUAUUACCAAAGUGCUUUACAACUUAAGAAAAAUCUUGUCAAAAAGAAAUAUAGGCCGCCAUCAUCAACAGUAAGUCUAAUAAUAAAACUACAUUUGAAGGGGUUUUUGUCAAUGGAAAUUGUGAGCAGAAGGUUACUGUAUAUAAUAUAAUAUGCAAUUUUCAGACCUAGCCAGGAGCAGCCGUGAAAAUGCAACAGACUAUAUGUUCUCUGGCUGGAAUCGAACCUGCAGCCCGUUGAACUUCACCGAUCUGUAGUAAUUUGCACCUUGUCCUGUAUAAGUUAAGAAAUACUGUAUAGUUUCAAAAUAAUAGUUAAUAUCCUUCAUUUUAGCCUGUUGUAUCAGAGGUGGACGUUCGUUAUAAAAUAUAUCUUUGUCAAAUGAAACUCAAAGACUACAAAAGUGCCCAGAAAACAGUAAGCUCUUUUUAGUGUUUUUGAAUUGAAACUGUAUUUUAUACAGUAUAAUAAUAAAAUAACUUAUUUAAUGAAUUUAAUGCUAUCUGACAGCUUGACGAUAUUCCACCAAAGCAGAGAACUCCACAGAUAACAAUGUGUCUUGCAAAACUUUAUCACAAAAUGGGUGUUGAAAGGUUUGUUUGUCUGCAGUCUUUGCUCUAUCAAUUCAAUUGCAUUGCAUUGUUGAUUAACUUAAAUAUAAUUACAUAAUCAUUGUAUUCUUAUUCAAAUGUGUAGGCCUGCUAUCGCUUGUUAUAAAGACGUUUUGCGGUAAGUCUUAAUAAACAUUGCACUGCACAUAGGUAGUAAAUACAGGCUAUGGACAAGAAGUUUGGUAAAUUAUAUACAAUCAUGUAAAGCCUAAAUUAUAUAACAUUCCCAAAAUAAAAUAAAUUAAAUUGGACUUCUGAGGUUCAGAAGAUCUUAUCAAAAUCUUGCCAUGAUAUUGUACCAAUAUUUUUUUGGUAAUUCUGAACAAAAUCUAAUAUUGUUCAGAACAUUGGGUCAUUCCAGAAAAGAUCCACACUCCCUCCACGGCGGAAAUUUCUGCUGUCUAGAAGGGACUGGAGAACAAAUUGGUUUCUGAUCAUAGUAACUGUAUUACUAGGACAAUCCAGAGGGGUUAACUUCCAACUCAUCCAGGGGUUAACUUGUGGAGAAUGUAUGGAUGUAUAAUGAAAAUAUAUUAUUUUGUCAUUUUUCUCAAGGUCUUGCCAAGAUUACACCAUGAUUAAUUUUGUGUAUGGCACAUUGGUUAAUCAGACUAUCUGCCUAUGUUUCUAUAGAUAACCCAUUAACUACAGUUGCAUUGAGCCCCAAUGCAUGACCAUUUUAUUAGUUUACUCUGUCUAAGGCCAGAUGAUUAUACUCAUCAAGUGAAGAACACUACAAUAGCACUCAAUGGGUUCAUUUGUUUUAAUGUUAAGCACUUUCAAUACUAAACUAGGUCAUGUCCAUUAGCAUUGGAAGCAGCCAUGGGCUUAUUAGAGCUUGGUCAAUCUGCUACAGAAGUGACAUCAUUGAUGACUGUCUGCCUUCCUUCAAUUGGAAAUCUUGAAUGGUAAAUAAAAUGGUGAUACAGCCAAUUUGCACUGAAUUUUAUUAAAACACACUGAGUGCAUUUUUUACAUGUUCCUGUUCACAAUUGUGAUCACUAGACUAGUUUAAUGUAGGCACUAUUAACCCUUUAGUGGCAAUGCAUCCCGCUUUAUUAUUUUACUCUCUGGCUAAUGCCAGACGAUUUUACUCAUCACAGGGGGAGUGCUGCCAUUCAAUGGGUUAAUCAGACUAUCUGCCCAUGCACUCUGUUAACCCUUUAAGUGGCAUUGCACCCAGAUGUGCCCACUUUAUUAUUUUACUCUGUCUAAUGCCAGAUGAUUUUACUUGUCAGCGGGAGAGUGCUGCCACUCAAUGGAUUAAUGAAUCAUUAAAAUUAAUUUUAUUUAGAAUUAUUUUUAUAUUUGAUGCAGGUUAUUGACUUGGCUAAAAGCAUAUUCACUGAAAACAACCUCAAAAUUUACAAGUAAGUACGACCAUGAAUGUGUUUCCUUGUGUAUGUUAUCUUUAAGUUCAUAAAUAUUGAUUACUGCAUGCACAAUAUUAUACGUUACAUAUUAUAUGUUUUUACACUUUUAUAGAGGCUGCACAACAAUUUAAAACUCUUGAAGCACAGGUAAACAUAGAGUUGAAAUAUAUUUAAUAAUAAAUAUAUUGUUCAUUUUCCCAAAUUCCAAUGUUGUCCAGAUCAAUAUAUUACUAACAAAAAAUCAUCAGUUGAUAGCAGUGGCAGACACGAAAUAUUGGGGAAAUUUUCAUUAUGUAUGCCAAAGGGGUUUUGGCUCUAAGUUAUGCAAAUCUUUCAGAAUCAAUUAAUCAUGUCCAUUAGCAUUGUUGUUUAAUGAUUGUACAGUUAUAACCAUGAAUUCUAAUUGUUUGAAAUGUUUUAUGAGUGAGCUGUAAGGAAUAUCCUACACAGAACAAAACAGAUUGUAUGAAAUGAGUUUGUUGUGGCUUCAUUGGCAUGCAUUGUACAGAUUGAAUCCUACAGUAUAUUGCUUGCUGCAUUGCUAACUUUAGCUCAAGUUUUAUUUAAUAGUCAUUAUUUAUAUCACAAUUACGUUAUAUGGGUGUGAUUACAUGCUUGCCACUUGCUCCUAAACAAUGCUUGUGGAUUGUGAUAUAAAUUUGGUACCAGACUUUUAUAACCCCACCCACAAGUGUCCGCCAGUGGUUGUUAGUUUAUGUUAUCUGCCUAAAACACCCUUAAUUUCUGAAUACAACAAAAGUUUCAAUUGUAUUGCAGCACCUACGAGACAAUGUUGAUAUUCUGUGCUCACUUGCUGAAUGUCAUUGGCAAUCUGGCGAUUCAAACAACGCCAAGGCACUCUACAAAAGGG